AUGUUCGCCCCACGGGUCAACACCAAACUCUGCUCCCCUAAGCAGGCCAGCCAGCUCAGCCGAGCUGUAACUCCCUUGCUCCAGUCCUAUGUAUCCUCCAGCUCUACCUCCUCGGUGGUAGGCCUGCGGCUUUCUGCAACCAGCGCCUUAUCCUCCAACCAGUAUCGACAUUUCUCAUCAACCCCCAAAAAUUCCCUUCGCGACUUCUUCCCCGCCAAAGAGACAGAGAACAUCCGGGUAACACCUCCAGCCUGGCCUCACCAUGGCUCCACCGAAGCCGAGAUGCUGGCGGUAGAACCCGGCCACCGCCCACCUGUUACUUUGGGGGAUAAAUUUGCGUGGUACCUGAUGAGGGUCUGCAGGUGGGGGAUGGACGCUGUGAACGGGCUGAGCAAGGAUCAAAAGACGGACAAGAAGAGCCCUACCACAGCAGUGGUGGCCGAGCAGCCUCUCACCGAGGCGCAGUGGCUCGUUCGCUUCAUCUUUCUCGAGUCCAUCGCGGGCGUGCCCGGCAUGGUUGCUGGGAUGCUCCGACACCUUCACUCGAUCCGGCGCCUGAAGCGGGACAACGGCUGGAUCGAGACGCUGCUCGAAGAAUCAUAUAACGAGCGCAUGCACCUUUUGACCUUUAUGAAGAUGUGCGAACCAGGGUGGUUCAUGAAGUUCCUCAUCCUGGGAGCGCAAGGUGUCUACUUCAACGCCAUGUUCCUCAGCUAUCUCAUCUCGCCCCGCAUCUGCCACAGGUUUGUCGGGUACCUCGAGGAGGAGGCUGUCCACACCUACACGCGAUGCCUCCACGAACUCGACGCCGGGUGCCUGCCAAAGUGGACAGACCCAGAAUUCAAAGUUCCAGACAUUGCUGUAACGUACUGGAACAUGCCGGAGGGCAAACGGACGAUGAAGGACCUGCUUCUGUACAUCCGUGCGGAUGAGGCCACCCACCGCGGAGUCAACCACACGCUCGGCAAUCUGAAUCAGACGGAGGAUCCGAACCCCUUUGUCAGCACCUACAGGGACGGCCACAAGCUCAUGCCCAUGACCAAGGCUGAGGGGUGGGAGAGGGAGGAGGUUUUGUAA